UGAAAACUAGACCAAAGUAUUGUUCCCUACACUCAUUCUUUAGAACAAGCUAUUCAAAUUCACGUACAGCUGUCAUUUUUCGAAAAUUUGACAGAUAAUCCUAAUAUUUUUCUCCUUAAGUAGUACAAACAGAUUACAAGCUUAAACAUGGAUUUCGAUGAUGAUUUCUUCUUCGAAGAGGAUAAGAUGGGUAUGACGAUUACUUCUGGCAACAUCGUAAUACAAAAAGACAGUAGUAAUCUUAUAGGCAUAAGUAUUGGAGGUGGAUCACCACUGUGCCCUUGCUUGUAUAUUGUACAAAUUUUUGAUAAUACGCCUGCAGCAGUAGAUGGCACUUUGCAAUCAGGAGAUGAACUUGUGGCAGUAAAUGGAGCAUCGGUCAGAGGAAAGACAAAAGUAGAAGUUGCAAAAAUGAUCCAAUCGUGUGACUCUCAAGUCAGUAUCAAUUAUAAUAAACUACACGCGGAUCCUAAACAAGGUCGCACGCUUGAUAUAGCUCUAAAAAAGGUGAAACAUAGAUUAGUUGAGGGAAUGGGAAGUGCAACAGCAGAUGCACUCGGAUUAUCACGUGCUAUUCUUUGUAAUGAUGCACUUGUACAAAGAUUAAUGGCAUUGCAGCGCACAGAAAAUUUAUAUAGAGGCCUAGUUUCUCAUGCUCAAUCCACUUUACACGCAUUUUUUGACUUAACACAGAUGUACAAAGUAUUUGGAGACGCGUUUGCUGCAAUAGGAGUAAGGGAACCUCAACCACGAGCUAGCGAAGCUUUCAGACAGUUUGGUGAACAGCAUAGACAAAUGGAAAAGUUUGGAGUAACAAUGUUAAAAGCUUUAAAACCUAUACUGAAUGACUUGGGCACGUAUCUUCACAAAGCUAUUCCAGAUACUCGGUUAACUAUUAGCAAGUAUGCUGAUGCAAAAUUUGAGUAUCUGUCGUAUUGCUUGAAAGUAAAAGAAUUGGACGACGAGGAACAAAGUUAUGCAGCGCUACAAGAACCACUUUAUCGGAUGGAAACCGGAAAUUAUGAAUAUCGUUUGGUGUUGAGAUGUCGGCAAGAAGCUCGUGCAAAAUUUGCAAAACUUAGAUCAGAUGUACUUGUAAAACUUGAGUUAUUAGACAAUAAACACGUUCAAGAUGUUGUGUGGCAAUUGCAAAAAUUUGCAGCUGGUUUAGGAAAAUAUUAUUCUAACACAAGAGAUCUGUUGUCUGCUGUGACGUUAUUUCCUGUAGAGGUUGACUUAUCGCAUUCUGCAUUUCAAUAUAAAUCUACUGGGCCUCAAGUGAUAACUGAUGGAGAAGACAUAGAUGAAUUUGAGCCAGAAGAGAAACCAAAUACUGAAGAGCUUCUUAUAGAUACACAAAAUUUCCCGCUAAUAACAUCGGAGUCGUCCGAUCCUAUGUAGCAUAAACAUUAUUUUCAAAAUUAAUGUGCAUCGUUAUUAAAACUUUCAAAGAUCAAUGAUUCGUGUGGUAAGAAUUCUUCAGUAUAUAUUUUUAUCAUUUUUAAUAUAAUUCUACAUUCCAUUUUCAUUCCUUCGCGUAUUGCAA